AUGGAGUACUCGAAAUCACACUAUGCCGUACGCGUGGAUCUUACGUCCAAAGUCAAAGGGAUAGAAGCCGCUGAGGAUUAUGUCAGCGGCCUACCGGAAUCGUCAAAGAACCUAUUCACUUACAGUGCACUUAUGCACUGUUACUGCAAGGAACUGAUUGAAGAAAAGGCACUGGCGCUUUUUGCAACGAGGGAUGAGUUGGUAUGUGCGUCGUCUACUUUUAUCUUUAACAGUCUCAUGUCUCUGCAUAUGAGAAAGCAGAACCCAGAGAGAGUGGAUCCUUUAGUGCAAGAAAUGAAGAAGAGAAACAUCCCUCGGGACAAACGUACUAAUAAAACAUGGAUGCAGAGCUUCGCCGCUUUAGAAGAUUUUGAAGCAGUAGGAAGAGUCCUGGACGAAAUGAAAACACACAAUGGAAAAAAAGGCAGUUGGUCAGCCUAUCGUAAUCUGGCUGACAUCUAUGUAAAGGCGGAGCUUUUUGACAAGGCAGAUGAAGUCCUUCAUUUUGUAAGCAUGGAGUAUUGCACUUCAAUGCACAUGCUUUUCAUUGACUCUGAGCAUUGGAACCUACGUUUUUAA